AUUUUGGCCACUAUUUUAUUGGCACACAAUGUUGUUUCUACACCAAUAAUAUUCUUAAUCCUAUUAUUAAGUCCAAGAACUGGUCAUUACUGAUUAGUUUUGCAUCAGUAAUUAGCUGAGUUAAAUAAUGAAUGGAGUAAUCUCAAAAUCAUUGUCUAUUGAGAAUGCUAAACAACUCCUUAAUUCAGUUGAUGCAUUUCUCUUCGAUUGUGAUGGUGUAAUUUGGAAGGGAGAGAAAUUGAUUGAUGGUGUUCCUCAAACACUGGACUUGCUUCGUUCUCAUGGUAAGAAGCUGGUAUUUGUAACAAACAACUCAACAAAAUCAAGAAAGCAAUAUGCCAAGAAGUUCCAUUCCCUUGGAAUUCCUGUUAAUGAGGAUGAGAUAUUCUCGUCUUCAUUUGCUGCAGCAAUGUAUCUGAAAGUCAAUGACUUUCCAAGAGAAAAGAAGGUAUAUGUAAUAGGUGAGGAAGGCAUACUGGAAGAACUGGAGCUAGCUGGUUUUACAGCACUAGGUGGCCCGGCAGAUGGAAAGAAGAAUAUUGAACUGAAAUCAGAUUGUCUUUUUGAGCAUGAUAAGAGUGUUGGAGCUGUUAUCGUUGGAUUUGACCGGUAUAUCAACCUUUAUAAGCUACAGUAUGGAACUCUCUGUAUUCGCGAGAAUCCUGGUUGCCUUUUUAUUGCUACCAACCGUGAUGCAGUGGGACAUUUUACUGAUCUUCAAGAAUGGCCUGGUGCGGGAUGUAUGGUUGCUGCAAUAUGCGGAACAACCCAAAAAGAGCCUGUUACCGUUGGAAAGCCAUCGACCUUUCUGAUGGACUUUCUAUUGCAGAAGUAUAACAUCACUACAUCCAGGAUGUGCAUGGUGGGUGACAGAUUGGACACUGAUAUUCUAUUUGGACAAAAUGCUGGGUGUAGAACUCUCCUUGUUUUUUCAGGUGUAACAAAUGAAUCAACUUUUCAAGAUUUAUCCAAAGAAGUUCAACCAGAAUACUAUACCAAUUCUAUAGCUGACAUUCUCAAGUAUACCUAGAUUGAUAUUUUAAGGUGGUAUGUUUAGCAUUCUUUGCAAACAGCAAAAGCUGCCUGCCCAUUGUUGAAACAGUGGAAACAAGCAAAUUAGAGGGUAACAAAUUUCUUAUUAUGUAUAAGUUGAUUACUGAAGUCAGAUUUUUGUUUAAUUUGAUUGAAGAAAAUUUGGAGUGUCCCAAGGGGAUUGGCCAGCACAA